AUCCCUCCAUCUUUGAUACAAACUAGUCUUGUGGUGUUCACCUGCAGAGCUAUCAGCUUGUCCACUCAGUUCUAGAAGUUCGAGAGGCGUUAGAUGUGGACGGAACUGAGUGGACAAGCUUGAAGUUUCCGAUCUCCUGACAAGGACUCUACAGGAAAUGAAGCCAUAUAUCAACUCUGAGACCGACGUUUCCUCUCUCUCACCUGAUGGAAACUAAGAGAUAUUUCUACUGAUAAUCAGGCAGAAGCAGAACUUCUUUCCGCCAUUGUCGCGUUCUUCUCCAAGCUCCGCAUUAGGUCCAGUGACGUUGGUAUUAAAAUUUCAAAUCGCAAGGUGCCACAAGAGGUCGUUGGACGCAGUGUGAUCCCAGAAAGCUCUUUUGCGGCUGUAUGUGUUAUUGUCGACAAGAUUGAGAAGAUACCAAGAGCAGGGGUAGAGAAAGAGUUAACAGCGUUGGGUCUUCCGUGGAAGCUGUGGAUACAAUUCUACGGGCUCUCGCGUUACGUUCACUUGAUAAUCUUGAAGAACUUUUAGGGUCAGACAACGAAGCAGUCGUAGAAUUGAAGCAACUUUUUGAAUUGGCUCCAGGAUAUGGUUUUGAAGACUGGCUGCAGUUUGAUGCUUCUGUGGUCCGAGGUCUCGCAUAUUACACAGGAACAGUCUUUGAGGCUUUUGACAGGGCAGGGACUUUACGUGCAAUUUGUGGAGGGGGCAGAUAUGACAAGCUUCUGUCUACAUUUGGGCGAGUAGACACUCCUGCCUGUGGAUUUGGCUUUGGGGACGCAGUUAUUGUCGAGUUCGGACAGCUCCUGCUUCAACUUUGCACGAUCGUCCUGCGUUACUAGUAAUUGCUCAUGAUCCGUUUAUGAGCAGAGUACUGUGGGUCGCUCCUCUUGCACCACGCUAAUCUCAGGCCCAGCACGCACAUGCACUCGAGUUGUUGUACUUCGACGGAAAAUUCAGAUUUCUCUGAGUGAACGGGGCUUGCGAAUCGAGGAGGGGACUCUUUUAGGCUCGGAUUCAGUUUAGUAAAUUGGAGGGCAGAAUGAAAGGAGCCAGUGCAUCCAUGCUCAGUCCCGCUGCUGAACUUGCCACACGGGGAAUGGACUCUGCAGAUGAGGAACCAGAGCUUCCCUCCCCUGUCCAAGACAUUAUUCGGCGUCUGGGAGAGAAAUCCUUGAAAGUUAGAGGCUUGUUACGCCGUUCAGAAGUUAAGGAUUUCUUCCCGGUGUUUUCACCGCUUUCGACGAACUCAGGGUGGCGAAGCCAAGUGCGCCUUCGAGUGCUGGAGGCAAUCGGCAGCUGCAUUAGCAGUUCUGAAAAGCUGGACGUAGCAGAUAUUUGUGGCCAUAAUAUAUCGACGUUGACUGCUAGCGAGUGGGAGGUAGUGUUGAGAGGUUUUCUGUCCAGCAGCGUUCUACGAAGUAUGAAAAUUCAGCGUCUGAGCUGGACUUAUGAAGCGGAUUUGGAGAGCUUGGGUUUACAGCUGGGGAUAAUUCUGAAUACCUCUAGUGUAGCGGACUUGAAAAUAUCGCAAAGGGGAUUGACUGCGAGAUUUUUCUUGAAUCUCGCAUCAGGACUGCGAAAAAAUUCCCACUCUAUACUCAAGUCUUUAGAAUUAAUGGAUUGGGGGGACCCAAACGCGGUGAAGUUUAUCGUUGAGGUGUUGAACGGUUAUCAUCAAUUAGAAACUUUGAGUUUAUUAUCCUCGAGAUAUGGUGGAGAAGGGUACGUGUACGAUGCGGCCGUUCGGCUCUUGUCCCUGACUUUGAAGCAGAACUCGUGUUUAAAAGAAUUGGUUUUAAAAGGAGUGGAGGGUAGAUCUGCCGCCUUAUUGCUGUACGCAUUGGCCGGAGAUGAUGGCAACCGAUCGAUUGAGCAACUUGAGCUGGUACGCAUGUCUGGAAUCGGGAAAAGUUUAGCAGAAGUUUUCCUUUCCAAUCGAUCAUUGAGGGUAGUGACGCUGAAGGCCAUAACCAUGCCUGUGGAGGAAUGGCGCUUGCUAGGCGAAGCUAUACGUGACAAUGCCACAGCGACAACUGUUAACAUAGACACAGUACUAUCACGAAGCUAUUUCAAUGAGCUUAAAGAGCUUUCGUGCGCUGCUAGCUCCGAUGGGAAGGAACCCUUGUUGCAUCUUGGAAUGGAUGAAGAUGAAGAUGAUAUGUUGGCACCGUUCAAGCUUUUAAGUAGUGUAUUGCGAGGGGAAAUCAAGUCUGUAAAAUCUCUUACUCUACUGUUAAUGGAUUUCUCUCUAUUUAGCGGAACGUCUAUAGAAGAUAUCCUUCCGAUGAAUGGAAUAACUGGAGAAACUUCACGUCUGGAGAGACUGAACUUAACGUUUGGUCCUGGAGGUUUUCGGGUAUGGAAGCACCUGGUUCAGUCUUUGCGUUGGAACACAAUAGUCACUAGCUUGACUUUGUCUUUCAAUACUUCAAUGUCCGAAAGUGUCAAUCUAUACGACAAAGAAGCAGAGGAGUUGUUCAGGGACCUGAUGGCGCUGUUGCAAGUGAAUUUAACUCUCAAGGCAAUAGAUGUCUCCGAGACCCCUUGGGCAAGGAACGGAAAGGCGGCGCUGAUUGAAGCGGCCCUCAAGCAGAACCAGGAGCGGGCCGUGUACAUGUCAGUAUUCACUGAAGCCAAACUACAAUUUGGAGAUGCAAAAGCUGGUAGACUCUUCUUAUGCGGCUCUCCUGGAGCAGGCAAGACUCAAUUGCGUCGAACUCUGAUGAAGAUAGUUCGGGACAAGACCUGGAUCAGGGAAACACUGGAAAAGUUGUCAAGGACCAAAGGAAUUGAGGUGGAUUUCUUACUGAACAAUGAAGAAAUGCAAAUCUCAAUUUGGGAUCUUGCCGGACAAUGGAUUUUCCGUACUCUUCAAAAUGUACUCUUUCCUCAAACCAACGACUUUUGUGUAUUUCUUUUUGUGUAUAGCCCUGUAGUUGAGAAAACAUCUUCUCACAAACCACCCUCUUCUUUUCGGACUGAGUUGGAAGGCUGGCUGACUUUCAUCUCAUCCAGCACUAAAGUCACAGGCCAUAAUCUUCCUCAAGUUCUUGUUGUAAUUUCACACAAGGAUAAGAUGGGAUCCACCUCUUUGAAUUGGGUUCACUCCAUAGUGGAAGAACUCAAAGUAAGGUUCGCAAACUAUGUGGAUCUCUGCCCUCUCCAGGAUUUUUUUUAUGUGAAUGCUCGGGAAAGGAAUCAAGUGAUUCCUCUCAAAAAUCACAUUUUUGAGAUGUUCAAGAGCUUGUUGAGUGAAAAUUCCCCACGAGUUCCCCAAUUAUGCUUUCAACUCUCUUCCCUACUGCUUUCAAACAUCAAGAAGGACAAAACUUGCCCUCUUUGGUCAUUGGAAAAGUUUAGUGUUUUCUGUGAUUCCAGCUUGAAGCAACUCAUUCUACCAUCUUCUGUUGAUCAUACAAGAUUAUUAAACUCCCUCGUAUCCUACUUAAAUGAUGUUGGAAUCAUCAUUUAUAUUCCUAACCUUGAUCACAUAAUCGUCCAUCCGAGCUGGCUCACCAAUUCAAUUUUGGGUGAACUGAUAGCUAUGGGUCAACAUUUUCAAGCUGAAGAGUCCAAUGCUUAUGAGAUGGUGAUGUCAAGUGAUUCAUACACAAGCAAGGACGGAUUUGUGAGUGAGAGUGUCUUUACUGGAUUAAUGGAAACGUUUUUGAAAAAGCAAUCACGUUUUCAAAAUGUUGAUAGAGAGAUCCUUGAAAAGAUUCUUUUCAACUUAGAUUUGGGUUUCAAGCUCGAAGAUUCUUUUCAAUAUUUCAUUCCCUCCUUCAUCCCUGAGUAUGCAAGCAUGGAAGAACAGAAGCAGCAAGAAGGGGCGUGUGUGGUGUCAAUGUCAUGGAGCUCUAAGGUUGCGAACCCAAAUUUUGUCGGCAUUCGGAUUCGAUGCGAAGAUCUAAAAACAAUGUCACUAUCUGCUGCGUUUUUUCCACGCUUCCAGAUGUUCAUGAGACGCAAGUUGAAAUCCGGGACAGUGACACUCUCACGACAUUAUCUACAACUUUUACUCGAUGGUCACGAGAUUUACGUGGAACACUUUCAGAGUGAAAAGUCGCACAACUAUGUAGACGUUCUGAUGUUAUGCUCAGAGCAUAAGUCAAAGGAGGAGUCCAUCAAAUAUGUACUGAAGCAUAUUGUCCAGGAGUUGAUAUCCUUUUGUGCAUCACCCAAAGGCUGUCCUGGCGUGGCGUUAGUGUUAGGUGUGAUCCAAACAGUUUGCGUGGAGAAGCUGAUUCCGAGUCAUCUCAGAGGAGCCAUUCUGAUUGAGGAGCUCAAAUCAGAGUUCUCUACUAGCAUCAAUGACAAACUUGAGGACUUUGCGUUGGAUGGGUGGCAACUGGUUAAGGAGGAAGAGUUGCUCAACUACGAGUAUACUUGGCCCGAGAUUCCAGAUUUGCAUUUAAAGGCAACAUCCGAACGUGCUACAAAUCUGCUGUGGGAGAGAGAUGUGGAAGCGGUUUUGAAUGAGAUCCGACAGAAGCGCCAUCAACUAUUGGAGUCAUUGCAGCAAAGCCUCGUCUGCUUGAACGAUGAUUUGGCUCAUUCUCAACCUGAAAGCGAGAUAACGGUUAGCAACUCGAGUUUACCUCAUAGAAAAGACUGCAAUCCAGCUUCAGCCAGCUACUCGGGCCAGGCCAGCACAAGUGGGGACACCCAACUUCUUUUGUUCAAGAUGGAUCAGAUAGAAGGAAAGGUUGAUGGUGUAUAUGAGAAAGUGACAUCAGUGGAGAGCAUUGUGCAAGGAUUGGACGUGAAGUUGGGACAAAUAAUCUCUCUUCAACAACAACUGCAGUCAUCGUUCAGUAAAUUCAUGUCUAAAGUUGACAGGAUAAUUGAGUAUUCAGAAUCGCAUCAGCAGACCAGAACGCCCAAGCGACCUUACGUCACGAAUGAUGUAGGCAUUUUCUACAAGAUGAGUGCACGUUUGCAUCUCGGAACAACCGUUUGCUUACGUUUGAUGUGUGAGGCCGUAACUGGGUUCCACCCUGUCAAAAAUCAAGAAGGUUUGAAGCUUCGCUUGGAUCAGGAGAAUAGCGGAUGGAUUCCAAAGAUUAUUGAGAUUUCAUGCAAAGUCCUGUAUUAUGCUGUAAAGGCUGGACUGUCUGCGACCCUCCAGUUAGGCGAAGCUAUUCCGCAGUGGGAUGAUUUGAAAACCGAUAUUCUUAAACUAGAUGGUAUUAGUAAACUAGAUGGUAGGGCAAUUCGGAAAGGUGGGCAUAGCGAGGAGCUGAAUGAAGCAUGGUUGAGGAUUCAGCAAACUCUUGCGCCUCACCUUAAAGAUAGCUAUUCAAAAAUUUUCAGGUUGUAUCAGGUGAAGUACGAAAAUGGUGGGCAUGCAUGGGUGUGCGAGGAGUGCAUGAGAAAAGGUCGUCUUUCUAGAAUCCUGUGAGCACUUGAAAGAGGUUAGAAUGUCAUUAUGCAAUUGGCAUGCAUAUGUUCAGACCCUCUUGCAAUAUAAACCUUUGCAUGAUAUUCCUUGUAUUUUUCACUGGUACAGGCCUUUU